UGGCGUGGGUAGCUAACUGGACAGGCCCCGGGUAGCUUGCCCGGCCCAUGUUUUGCGCGGCCUUUUGCCGUUUUGUUUGGAGCCAGUGCUGCAUUUUGGGAGUUGUGCCCGGAAAAUACUUUCAAGGGUCUCAUUCUCUAACUUCAGUGUCUGCACUCGUUCGGCAAAGCUUCGCUUCUCAGUCCCGUCCAUUCUCCAGAGCCGCUGCGCAGUUUUACGUUUGUUCAAACAUGCCACCAAGAGGCAAAGCGAAAGCAAAAAAGGAGGUAGAAGAAAAUGGGAAGGAGAGACAAGUGAGACAAUCCAGGAAUGUCAAAGCUGCAUCCUACAAAGAUUUGUCCGACUCUGAGGAUGAGAAGCCCAUUCGCAAGAGGGGCAAGAAGGAAUCGGAGUCAGAAUCAAUGUCCGAGGAAGAAAAGCCCAAGGCAAGGGGGAAGAAGGGCAGGCGUGCCCCAGCCCGCUCCCGGAAAAGAGAUGUCUCUGAUUCUGAAGAAGCGUCUGACUUUGUCAGUAGCGAUGACUCUUCUGCUGAAGAAUCUAGCAAGCGGAAGAAAGGCGGAAGAAAACCUACACGGUCUAUGAGGACAAAUAAAAACACAUCAUACAAAGAUUUGUCUGAUUCUGAGGAAGAGUCUGUUGAAGAAGACGAAGAUUCAGUUUCUGAGAAGGAGGAAAAGAGUUCUCCUAAACGAGGAAGGGGUAGACCAGCUGCAAAAAAAUCCAAGAAAGAGGAAUCCUCUGAAGGUGAGGAGGAGGAAGAAGAGGAUGUGGAAGAUGAAGCUGGGGAAGAUAGUGAAGAAGAUAAAAAAGAUGAAAGCAAAUCUGAAAAACCUAAGUCUAAGCCAAAAUCUGCUACAGCUGACUCAUCAACCGAUGAUAACGCAAAAGAUAAGUCUGAUAGUAAAGAGGAAGAAAAAGUGGAAAAAGAUGAUAAGCCCAGACCUGAGCAUGAACUAUCAGAGGAAGAGGAGGACGAUGAGGAUGACGAAGACAGCAAAGGAAAGUCAUCUAAGAAGGGCAAAAAUGAUGAAAAGAAAUCUUCAAAGAAGGGUAAGGAUGAAGAUAAAGAUCCAAAGAAGAGGAGCAGGGCUGACAAGAACGGUGAAGAGGCAACAGGUGAUGUCAAAGAGGAACCACAAGCCAAAAAGGCCAAAGUUGAGGAAAAAACUUUGUUGAACAAAACAGACACAGAUUAUGAUUCUAUUGAGUUUACUUCAAAUGCCAAAACUAAAGAUGGAGAUUCUUGGAAUUUAAAGAUUUCUUCUUGGAAUGUGGCUGGUUUGAGAGCAUGGAUCAAGAAAAAUGGAUUAGAGUAUAUUAAGCAUGAGAAGCCAGACAUUCUUUGUCUACAAGAGACGAAGUGCUCCGAGCAGAAACUACCCCCUGAGGCCAAAUUUGAAGGAUAUGAGACUUAUUGGCUAUCAGGUGAAAAAGAAGGACAAGCUGGAGUUGCUGUGUUGUCUAAGACUAAGCCUUUAGAAGUGAAAUACGGCAUUGAUAAACCUGAGUUUGAUGCAGAUGGUCGUGUGAUCACUGCAGAAUAUGAGAAGUUCUACCUUGUGAAUACUUAUGUGCCAAAUGCUGGUAAUGGCUUAAAGACACUACCUCGGCGUUUAGAAUGGGAUCCAGCAUUCCGAGCUUAUCUUAAGAAACUUGACGAAAAGAAACCUGUAAUUUUAUGUGGAGAUUUAAAUGUGGCUCACUCUGAAAUAGACCUAGCUAAUCCUAAGACGAACCAAAAAACCGCUGGAUUUACCCCUCAAGAGAGAGAAGGCAUGACAGACCUGCUGAAGGAAGGUUUUGUUGAUACUUUCAGAAGCUUGUAUCCUGACAAGAAGAGUGCUUACUCCUUCUGGUCAUACUUCAAUAAUGCUCGUUCACGUAACAUUGGCUGGAGAUUGGAUUAUUUCAUCACAUCAGAACGAUUUUUGCCGAACAUCUGUGACAACAUCAUCAGAAAUGAAGUUUUUGGCAGUGAUCACUGUCCCAUUACUUUGCUCGCACAUGUCUAAGUGUUUUCUCAAGAAAUGUCAAAAAUUUUACUGGAACAAUCUGUACUUUUCUUUCACUUAUCUUUAUAUUUUGGAACAUCUCACAUUGUGCCUUUUUAUGUUAAAAACGAAAUCAAAGGCAUCUUUUCCAGUAUUGUAUUAUUGCUUGUGGUCUCACUGUCAAUGAAAUUGAUGCUGUGGAUUUUUAUGGAUUUUAUUAAAUAUCUUGACCUGAGGUUAUUUUUUUCUAAUCUGCAGUUGGAUGAUUGUCAACUUCUGUAUGCUAAUCCUUGUAUAGAAACAAUGUGUCCAUUUUAACUUCUUAAUGAUCUCAAUAAUUGCUGAGGUGUAAUGUCAAUUUUUAUGCCUUUCUUAUGACCUAACUCAUACUUCAACAUUUAUUGUACUGGACGUUAAAAUUUUCCAAAUAGUUGUAUAUUAGAUGUUCUUCUUUUCCUAUUCUUUCUCUUUAAAUGUGUGCUUAUGCUUGCCCACUUCUGGGUUAAAACAAAUUAGCAACUGUAGCAUGUUCUUGAUGUUAUUCGUAAAAGUAGUUUGAAUUCUAAUACAGUAAAUGAAUGUAUUUUGGGAGAUGA